AUGAUAUCCAAGCUUUUGAUAUUGGUGACAACUGUAUUCACAUAUUUCAUCCUUUCAAACUCAACUACCAUUGCAGAAUCAUCCAUCCCUUUCACACGUUUCUUUGCUGCAUAUGCUUUAAUAUUCACAAUACUGUAUUAUGGUAUAAGAUCUAAUGGUGUUUACCUUGUCGACUUUACCUGUUACACACCGGGAGAUCACUUGCGAACACCGAUCUCCAAUUUCGUUGAACAUUUAGAAGUAAGUGACAUCUUUAAUCGAGAGAGCCUCGAUUUUCAAGUGAAAGUUCUUGAAAGAGCCGGCGUUGGUGAUGAAACCUGCAUGCCUACUGCUUUGCAUGAGAUACCACCUAAUGUGACUUUGAAGUUGUCUCGAGAAGAAACUGAAGAAGUUCUCUUCACAGUUGUGGAAGAUCUUCUUUCCAGACAUAAAAUAAAUCCGAAAAGUAUCGAUAUUCUGGUGUCAAAUUGUAGCCUUUUCUGUCCUACUCCUUCCAUUUCCAGCAUGAUCAUAAACAGGUUUGGACUCCGAAGUAACAUAAAGAGCUUCAGCCUAAGUGGGAUGGGUUGCAGUGCUGGAAUGCUGUCGAUAAGCCUGGUAAAAGAUCUUCUUAAAGUUCACAAGAACUCAUUGGCUUUAGUUCUCAGCAUUGAAGCUGUAACUCCCAAUGGUUAUAGGGGUUGUACUAAGUCCAUGCUUAUCGCCAACACUAUAUUCCGCAUGGGAGGAGCAGCUAUUUUGUUAUCAAACAGGCACAAAGACAAGCACAUAGCCAAGUACAAGCUCCAGCACCUCAUCCGAACCCACAUGGGAUCCGAUGACCAAUCGUACUUGUCUGUCAUCCAACAACAAGAUGAAGAUGGGGAAGUAGGAGUAUCGUUAUCACGAUCUCUAGUACCUGUUGCAGGCAAAGCAUUAAGGACCAAUAUAUCACAGUUAGGUCCGCUUGUAUUACCAUACUCCGAGCAGCUUAAAUACGGCUGGUCAGUCAUUCUCCGGAAAAUUUGGUCUGUACCUGGAAAAAAGGAACUUCAUGUGCCAAAUUUCAGAAAAGCUUUUGAGCACUUCUGCAUACAUGCUGGCGGAAGGGCUAUAAUUCAAGCUGUGGAGGAUAAUUUGAGGCUGCAUAAGGAAGAUGGAGAAGCUUCAAGGAUGACACUUCAUAGAUUUGGGAACACUUCAUCUUCUUCAGUUUGGUAUGAGCUUUGCUACCUGGAGGCGAAAGGAAAGAUGACGAAGGGAGACCGGGUUUGGCAAAUUGCAUUCGGAAGUGGCUUUAAGACUAACAGUGCUGUCUGGAAAUGUAUUUCAGAUCUUAAUCCAGAUGUAAGAAAUGCAUGGUCAGAUAGAAUCCAUUUAUACCCUGUAAACAUUCCAAGUAUUCUCUGA